AGUCCGAGCCGUGCUGCGUGCAGGUGGGGCCCCGCAACUUUCCUGGGGCAGUGCCUGCGGGGGGGACGCAACUUACGCGGCGGCGGCUCCUUUGUCCGCGGGGCGAUGCGGCGUGGCUGAGCGAGGCAGUGGGGCCGCACAGGGGCAGCCCUCCGCCGGAAAACUCCGCGCCGUCCCCCGCCUCCUCUUCCUCCUCCUUCCUCCUCCUCCUCCGCGGAGGAGCGAUGCGAUGCUUCCCCAGGCGGCGGGCGGCGAUGGAGCGGAGCCGUAGCACGGUGGCUCGGAGCGGAGCGGCCCCUCGCUGAGCAGCGAGGAGGAGGAGGAGGAAGGAGGAAGGCCGAGAGCGCGAGCGGGGCCGCGGCCAUGGAGGAGUGGAGGCAGUGCGGGCGGUGGUUGAUCGACUGCAAAGUUUUGCCCCCCAACCACCGCGUGGUUUGGCCCUCGGCGGUGGUCUUCGACCUGGCGCAGGCGCUGCGGGACGGGGUGCUGCUGUGCCAACUGCUGCACAACCUCUCCCCCGGCUCCAUCGACCUCAAGGACAUCAACUUCAGGCCGCAGAUGUCCCAGUUCCUCUGCUUGAAGAACAUCCGAACCUUCCUCAAAGUGUGUCACGACAAGUUUGGGUUAAGAAACAGCGACCUGUUCGACCCCUUCGACCUGUUUGAUGUGCGGGACUUCGGCAAGGUGAUCUCUGCAGUAUCCAGGCUCUCCUUCCACAGUAUUGCUCAAACCAAAGGAAUUAGGCCAUUCCCUUCAGAGGAGACCACAGAGAAUGAUGACGAUGUGUACCGGAGCCUGGAGGAGUUGGCUGAUGAGCACGAUCUGGGGGAGGAUAUUUAUGACUGCGUCCCCUGUGAAGAUGAAGGCGAUGAUAUCUACGAAGAUAUCAUCCGGGUGGAAGUUCAGCAGCCCAUGAUUAGAUACAUGCAGAAAAUGGGCAUGACAGAAGAUGACAAAAGGAAUUGCUGUUUGCUAGAAAUCCAGGAGACGGAGGCCAAAUACUACAAAACACUUGAAGAUAUAGAGAAGAACUAUAUGAACCCCCUGAAGCUGGUACUGACCCCACAAGACAUGGAAGCGAUCUUCAUCAAUUUGGAGGACCUAAUUAAAGUGCAUUUCAAUUUCCUGCGAGCCAUCGAUGUCUCUAUGAUGUCUGGAGGAAGCAGCCUGGCUAAAGUAUUUCUGGAAUUCAAAGAGAGGCUGCUGAUUUACGGCAAGUACUGCAGCCACAUGGAGUACGCCCAGAACACACUCAACCACCUCAUCGCCAACCGGGACGACGUGCGGCAGAAGGUGGAGGAAUGCACGCUGAAGGUUCAGGAUGGGAAAUUUAAGCUGCAGGAUCUGCUGGUGGUUCCCAUGCAGAGAGUUCUGAAAUACCACCUCCUGUUAAAAGAGCUGCUCAGCCACUCGUCAGACCGGCCCGAGAAGCAACAGCUGAAGGAGGCUCUGGAAGCAAUGCAGGACUUGGCCAUGUACAUAAACGAGGUAAAGAGAGACAAAGAGACGUUGAAAAAGAUCAGCGAAUUUCAGAGCUCUAUAGAAAAUCUGCAAGUGAAGCUGGAGGAGUUUGGGAGGCCGAAGAUAGACGGUGAGCUGAAGGUCCGCUCCAUCGUGAACCACACCAAGCAGGACAGGUAUUUAUUUUUAUUUGAUAAAGUGGUGAUCGUCUGCAAAAGGAAAGGAUACAAUUAUGAGCUGAAAGAAAUAAUCGAGCUGCUCUUCCACAAGAUGACCGAUGACCCUAUGAACAACAAGGACAUUAAGAAGUCUCAUGGAAAAAUGUGGUCGUACGGCUUCUACCUGAUCCACCUGCAGGGAAAGCAGGGCUUCCAGUUCUUCUGCAAGACAGAGGAGAUGAAGAGGAAGUGGAUGGAGCAGUUUGAAAUGGCAAUGUCCAACAUAAAGCCAGAGAAAGCCAAUGCAAACCACCACAGCUUCCAGAUGUACACGUUUGAAAAGACCACCAACUGCAAAGCAUGCAAGAUGUUCCUAAGAGGAACGUUCUACCAGGGCUAUCUCUGCCCAAAAUGUGGAGCUGGUGCUCACAAAGAGUGCCUGGAAAUCAUUCCUCCCUGCAAGAUGGGUUCUUCAGCAGACCAGGACUUGCUGAGUGCCGGACCUGGUCCUAAAAUGGUGGCAGUGCAGAACUACCACGGGAACCCUGCGCCGCCUGGCAAGCCGGUGCUGACGUUCCAAAUCGGAGACGUGAUUGAGCUGCUGAGGGGAGACCCCGACUCGCCAUGGUGGGAGGGGCGGCUGCUGCAGACCAAGAAGUCGGGUUAUUUCCCCAGCUCGUCUGUAAAGCCCUGUCCCGUGGAUGCCAGGCCUCCCAACAGUCGUCCACCGUCGCGGGAGAUCGACUAUACGGUGUACCCAUGGUUUGCAGGGAACAUGGAGCGGCAGCAGACGGACAACCUGCUGAAGGCCCACGUCAGCGGCACCUACCUGAUCCGCGAGCGGCCGGCCGAGGCUGAGCGCUUUGCCAUCAGCAUCAAGUUCAACGAAGAAGUGAAGCACAUCAAGGUGGUGGAGAAGGACAACUGGAUCCACAUCACAGAAGCCAAGAAGUUUGAAAGCUUGUUGGAGUUGGUGGAGUACUACCAGAACCAUUCGCUGAAGGAGAGCUUCAAGCAGCUGGACACGACGCUCAAGUACCCAUACAAGUCACGGGAACGCUCUACCUCCAGGACCUUCACCCGCUCUCCAGUGUUCACCCCACGGGUCAUAGGGACAGCAGUGGCACGCUACAACUUUGCAGCGCGGGACAUGCGGGAGCUGUCGCUGCGGGAGGGCGACGUGGUGAAGAUCUACAGCAGGAUUGGCGGUGACCAGGGCUGGUGGAAGGGGGAAACCAACGGGAGGGUCGGCUGGUUUCCCUCGACGUACGUGGAAGAAGAGGGGGUGCAAUGAUGCUGGGGAUGCCCAAUGGAAAGUCGUCGAGUGCCCGGAGCGAUCCGCUGCAGACCACACGCUGCUGCCCCAGCAGCCCGGCCCCACGCCCGCCAGCACUGCCGGGAGCACCACCGCUCUCCCCAGACUCUUUAGUAAAUCCAUUCCUCUGUACAGCGUUGUGUGUGUGCGUCGGGGUGCCUCCAGCCCCGGCCCUGUUCCGUCUGUAGAAGAUUCGUGGUCUGUCGGAUGACGUUUGUGUGGCGGCUGCUCCUGGGAGAGCCGCGCCCCCCUGAAUGGACAGAGCGGAGGGACUCUGCGUGGUGCCCCCCAGGGGGGUGUCCGGACCUUAUUAUUCCUAGAAGUGUUUUAAAAUGGUGAGGUUGAAAGCCUGGGCUGUGCCUGGGGGUGCAGAGGUGAGCGUGCAGGGCUCGGGAGAGGGACCAUGGCUGCAUCAUGUCGGUAUGCACCUUGGGACCAGGAAUGGAGCUGCUCAUCCCUGAAGGAUGACAGCUGUGAGCUGGGGAGCACAGCUGGACCACAGACAUGGGAGGGAAAGAAGUCCCGUGGGCAUCCCGAGCCCCUUUCCUCACUUCCAACCCCCAGCCCCACUGCCGUGCUGGGGAUGCAUGGGGCAGCCCAGGACACUGGGUGAGCUGCUGGCGUUGCAGGGCUGGAGGUGUGCCUUGCCACGCGUGGGUUUUGGGGGUCAUAGGGCACCAGGUCCCUGCAGAGGAGCGGAUGGGAGAAUGGAUUGAGCACCUCGGCGAUGUCCAUUCUUCUGCAGCCAUACGUGUCCCGCCUCACUGAGCUCAGUGGGGCGAACCCACAUGAGUAAGGGCUAUGGUAUGAAGUCCCGAUUUAUCUCAAUACAUUGUGAAAGCAUCUCUUCUUCUCCAGCUGUGUGCACUUUUGGGGGCCGUGGGCAUUGCCCCCUCUUCUUCCCACAGGCUGUUACCGCUGCUGCUGUCAAGGAAAGGUCCGUCUGUCUGCAUUGCCACUUUGUCCUGAGUUCCAUCCAUCCCACUCUGUUCUUCCCACACUGCAGCCUGUAAUGCAUAGGCAGAGCUGCUGCUUGGAGGGCUGGGCUGGCAUCUUCUGCUGGGCACUGCCUUUGCCACCCAGCUCCAGAAUUUCCUUCCUAAGUGCUGUUCUGAACAAAUACAUGUGUGUGAGUCUGUGUGUGUUUGUAGGACCGACUUUCCUAUCUCUGAGCCUCGAGAAAUGCCCUCCUGUCUCUGUGCAUAAGUGGCAUUUGGAGCUGCUGCUGUGCCCAAAGCUGUCCCUGGCACUGCAGGUGGGCACGGUGCAAGCGCAGCCCUGCGAGACGCCGGCACUGUGCGGUGCUGCAUCCCAGCCUUGCUGCCAGCGGAGCUUGAGAGAUUACAUGGAAGAGCCUGGGGCUCCCAUUGGAAAGGGCGGUGUGUUCACUUGAAAACUUGGCUGUUUUGCUCGAUCAGAAGCCCAGGGCCGGGUCAGUGUGCUGCCCAGGGCUCCGGAUAGGGCUGGGAAUGUGUUGGGUUCCUUGGGCUCACCAUGGCAGUGCCCAGCAGGGUGAGGGGGCACGGUGCAGGGCUCGGAGCUUUAGCAAGGUACUGUUUGGUGCUAACCUCUUCCAGGCCAGCUACUGGUGCUCAGCACGGGAUGUGUCCAAGGGGCCCUGUUUGCUAAAGGAGCUGAAUGGUUCAUGUUCUGCAAGGGCAAAAAUUGGGGUGCAGCAAACAAGGGGAAGGCAGCACCCUGCUGCAGCGUGAAGGGCUGUGCUUGGAUUUCCCAAUUCCGGUGUACCCGAGGGCACAUCUAAGGGUGGGUGAGACACACACAGACAAGAGAACAACUGAUGGCCGAAGGUCUGCCUCAGAUGCUUUUAAAGCCCUAUGCAAACCCCCCCAUCUGGGAUGGAUUCCCUGCGCCUGCAGUGGGCGCAUCCCCCUCAGAAGGGCGCAGUGCUCCCCCUGCAGAAGGUGUGUGUGUGGCAUCUACACAGCCCCCCCAGCUCCAACCCCCCCAGUAAGGUCUCCCUCUCGUGUUUACUGUUGUAAGAAACUUGUUUAAAAAAAAGGAAAAGAUGGUUUCCGUUUGUAAGUAAUUCUUCAGCCAUUUGCCACGCUAUAUAUCUGUGAAUAAGAAGGGAAAUGUGUUUGGUUUUGUUUUUUUUUUUAAUGAUGGUGAGAAAAUUGUAUAUAUAUUUUAGUUCGUCAUGGACCGCUCAGAAUUGCAAUGGGAUACGUUGGAAAAUAAUAUGUAAAUUCCUUGGGUUUUUCCUUUGCACUGCACUAACGGGGGUAGAACGGGCUCGGGUGGAGGGCUCCAAAGGUAAAACUGUUUGUUUAUGGGAUAGGUUCUAGCUGGCAAUUUGGAAAUCAUUCGGAGUAGCUUGUAAUGCUGGAAUAGAAUCUUUAGCUGCUACUUAGAAACCCUUUUGCAUGUGGUUCUUCCAGACCUUUUUAAGUUACAAUACAUCCAAGUAAAUCCCACGAUGAAAAAAAAAAAAAAAGAAAAAACCCAACAAAAAUAAAGUGUAAUUUUGCUGAUA